AUGGCUGCCUACAUCAAUCGAACAGUCUCAAUGAUUGGAGGAGACAGCCAGCUUCGUGUAAAUGAUACCAGAACUGAUAAUUCUCCUCUUCAGAUUUUCGUCAAAGCUAAGAAAAAAAUUAAUGACAUCUUUGGGGAAAUAGAAGUUUAUGUUAAGGAGACUGUGGAUUUUAUGCAAACACUUCAAAAUGACCGUAAUGUCAUUAAUGCAGAAGAGGUUGAAAACAUUCAAAGUUACAUCGACAGAGUACAUGGAAUACGAGAUGUUCUUAAGCGAGAUCACAUGAAAGUAGCAUUUUUUGGACGAACGAGUAAUGGAAAGAGUACUGUAAUAAAUGCGAUGUUAAGGGACAAAAUUUUGCCAAGUGGUAUUGGACAUACGACCAACUGUUUCCUCCAAGUAGAAGGCUCUGAAAACGGCGAGUCAUAUUUAAUGACCGAAGGUUCCAACAAAAAACAAUCCGUUGAGUCAGUUGGCCAGCUAGGCCAUGCACUGUGUAAAGAAAAAUUGUGUGAGAGCAAUUUGGUGCGGAUAUUUUGGCCGAAAGAAAAGUGCCUUCUUCUAAGAGACGACGUUGUAUUUGUCGACAGUCCCGGAGUUGAUGUUACACCAAACCUUGAUGAGUGGAUCGAUAAACAUUGUUUGGACGCUGAUGUGUUUGUUUUGGUUGCUAACGCCGAGUCGACGUUGAUGGUCACUGAAAAAAAUUUUUUCCACAAAGUUUCGAAGAAAUUAUCAAAACCAAACAUUUUUAUUCUGAACAAUCGAUGGGAUGCAUCUGCAUCUGAACCGGAAUUUCUUGACGAAGUGAGAGCACAACAUCAAGAACGAGCUGUUGAAUUCUUGGCACGCGAACUCAAAGUUUAUUCAUUGAAAGAUGCUGACGAUCGAAUUUUCUUCAUCUCUGCUAAGGAAACUCUUCAGGCGCAAUGUAUUUCUAAGUCUGCAGUAAAAACUAAGUUUGAACAACAUUCACAAAGAGGCAAACAUAUCGCGACAGAAAUCCGUCAGACAUUGGAUGAAGUGUUGAAUCGCGCUCAAAGAAUUCGUAUCGAACAAUUAGCAGUUCAAAAAGAAGUUAACGACAAACUUAAUUAUACUGAAGACCAAUUAGGAUUAGUUACGAAAGAGAUGAAGGAAAAAAUUCACAGAGUCGUUGAGGAUGUUGAGCAACGUGUAUCAAAAGCUUUGAACGCUGAAAUACGGCGUUUGUCUUCUUUGGUAAAUGACUUUAACGUGCGUUUCCACGCAGAGCCACUUGUUUUGAAUGUUUACAAACGCGAGCUUCAUUCUUACGUCGAGAGUGGCUUAGGAUCCAAUUUGAGAGCUCAACUGAGCUCAGUACUAGCCUCUAAUAUGGAGUCUUCUCAGCGUGAAAUGACCAAUCGAAUGGCUUGUUUACUCCCUGAAAAUAAACAGCAAUUAUGUUUAAAUAUUUUGCCUAGAAGAGAACCAUUCGAAGUUUUGUACCGUCUUAAUUGUGAGAAUCUUUGUGCAGACUUUCAUGAAGAUUUGGAGUUUAGAUUUUCGUGGGCAUCCCGAGUUGCUAUUUCGUCUAUAGUGUCUCAAGGAACGAUGGGUGGAUUAAUAAUUGCUGGAUUUAUGUUAAAAACAGUUGGCUGGAGAUUAAUUGCAGUCACUGGAGCUAUUUAUGGAUCUUUGUAUCUUUACGAACGACUUACAUGGACAAACAGAGCCAAGGAGCGUGAAUUUAAGCGCCAAUAUGUUGCUCAUGCGACCAAAAAAUUGAGAUUGAUUGUCGACCUUACUUCUGCGAAUUGCAGUCAUCAAGUUCAACAAGAAUUAUCGAGUACGUUUGCUCGCUUGUGCCACUUGGUCGAUGAAUCUAACACCGAAAUGAACUCAGAAUUACAAAAAAUCACAGAAACUUUACGGUCCCUCGAAACAGCAGUAACAAAUGCUAAAGUUUUACGAAACAAAGCGAAUUAUCUCGCCAACGAACUCGAGUUAUUCGACGCAGCUUACAUUAAAUCAUUAAAUUAA